GGUGCUAUUCCUAGAUUUUCUCCUCAGCAAUUACUCUGAGUGAAAGUGCUUUUACUAACCAAACACUACAUACUCUGACAUAGGUUACCUAGCAACCAAGCACACUCCCCCUCCACAUCUGAAAGCAGCUGCAGUUGGGAGGAGCAGGGGGCGCGGGGGGAAGGGCACCAAAGACAGUUUACUUUCUUGUGACUUAAUUGACACCUAACAUUUUAUCUAGCCAUUUCUAGAUUAUAGUUUGAGCACAUACAUUCCCUAAUUGGUCUUAGCCUAUAGUUGACUCUACCAGAGAACUCCCCUUUAGUCACUCCCCUUUUGAGUUGUAAUUGGAAGCUGACAAUUAAUUGCUUUAUGUGUGUAUCCUUAUCACCCCUCUCUGUAACCCUGAAAACUUUUAAUCUCACAAGGCAGUGUGAUAGGGACACGGUUCGUGUAUAUAGACGGUUUUUUCCUGUAACAGGUAGAAUUAACUUAGAGAAAUAAAGCGAAUGGACUAAAGAACGGAGUGUGCUUAGAUUCAUUGAAUAUCCCUCAGAUAGAAUCCUCAGCUGGUUGGUAGACUCUUCCGCGGACCCUGGGAGCAAGCAAUAUAGGCUGGACCUAAUAUUGUUUGCGUUACCUGGCGCCUGAACAGGUUUAACUGUUUUUGGUACUCAGGGGACUGAGGGAAGUGAGUAUUUUGGAGUAUAUCCAGGGAGAGGUAUCACUCCACAGAGGGUUGCCCAGUUAGAGGCUCAACUCCGGAGCAUCGGCUACAACCAGUCCUCACCCUAGGGUGCUGCAGCCCCCAGCGACACCGACCCCCUGUUGGAAACGGAUGCUGAUUCACCUCUGUGGAUCCCGGAUCUCUUGAUCAGACCAUAUGGCCAGCCAGCAACAGAACAAAAGCACUUAAAGUUAUCUGCGAGAAGGAGAAAACUGCCACCGCUGCAGCUCCCUCCCUGCCCACCACAGGCCACAUCGAACACCACCUGUGAUGGCAAUGAUGAGAGUCCACAGCCAGUUCCAGAUGCCCUGGCUUUCAUGGUCGACGGUCUCCGAGUUCAUCAGCCCCAUCCCCAACCUCCCCAGCGAUGAGCUGCCUCUACAUGCAGCAGGCAGCUCAAUUCCCUCUUUGGGGCAGGUCAAACGUCUGACAUCUGAGGCUACUCAGGUUCUUAAGAAUCAGGGUAAAGCCUUAACUCCUGAAAACCAUUUCCUGGCAAUGCUAGCAGUGCUCACCCUCCAGGUAUUCUCCUUAGUUCCCUGCACUCUUGCUCUAGAUACCUACUGGGCAUAUGUUCCAGAACCCCCUCUUUUCCAUCCAGCCACGUGGGAUUCUGAGGAAAUAAAGGUUGUUUCCAAUGACUCCUCUUUAUUGGGGUGGGGGGAGGAUCUAGUUUCAUACACCCUCGCCUAGCUAAACACUUUAGCUUCAAAGGACACUCAGAUAGCUUUCCCUUAUGUUUCUUUGUAUACCCCAUACACCCCAUACCCGGAUGUCUGCCCUUAAGGCACAGAACUCUUAAAGCUAGUCAAACUACCAACAAAAUUUGGUCAUUAAGCAUUAUUUCUCCUGUAGAUAGCUAUCUACCUACUAAACCUGUUCCUGAUCAUACACCACCCUUAAAGAAGUUUCCUGUUUGUGAUGCUAAAUUUUCACACCAUACUUGGGAUAAUGUAAGACCUAAUGCUGGCCGUCCUAAGUGGACACACUGUGUUUUUCCAGAUAUAGGAGUCACUUUUUGUCCUUAUAAUGUUGCCUCAGUUAAAAUACAUGAUUGGUCUUAUACUUCCUUAGAACCCACUGUAAAUCAAUGGACAAUUUUCGGCUGGGUUAGUCCCACCUAUGUGGCACUGCCUUCUCACUCUCCCAAGCCCCAGACUCAACUGUAUCGAUUGUUAGCCACCAUUGAUCAUGUUGGCCUUCAAACCCCUACACAGCCCAAUUAUAAUUUCCUCAAUAUCCAGGCUUGUGUUAUGUCUCCCUUUGCCAUCCUUUAUUCAGGUACGACAGGAACUUUAAACAUCAUACCUAAUGGUUCAAUUUAUGAUAUUUCCUGCAAGGAUUGUUACCUAACUAAUUGUUUGAAUUCCAUAACUAACCCUAAAACUUUCGUUAUCCUUCGCCAACCAUCUCAUGUACUCUUGCCUGUAAAUCUUUCUUCACCCUGGUAUGAAGACCCUGCUCUUUUUGCAUUAGAACAUAUUGCUGACUCCCUUUCUCGUCCCAAAAGGUUUGUAGCUGCAAUUUUUCUAGGCAUAGCUGCCUUGAUAGCAAUAAUUACCACAGUAGCUGCUUCAGCCACAGCCUUAACUCAACAAAUACACACUGCUCAUCAUGUUAAUUCCCUAUCUAAGAAUGUUUCUAUGGCUUUAAUUACUCAGGAAGGAAUUGAUCAAGGAUUGACAGAUAGAAUAAAUGUCUUAGAGGAGGCUAUACUAUACAUGGGUAAUCAGACUCAGAAUAUUAAGACACAUUUAACAGCAUCAUGUCAUGCUGACUAUAAAUGGAUCUGUGUCACUCCUUUGCCUUUCAAUGGAUCAGAUAUGUCCUGGGAUCAAGUGCAAGCUCACCUGAGAAGUGUCUGGAAUAGUUCCCAACUAGGUAUAAAUAUAGGUACACUACAUUAUCAGAUCAGUGCUAUCAGUCACUCUAGAUUCCAGGUUUCCUCUGCAGCUGAAGUGGCCAGUUAUUUUGCUAACUCAGUAAAGGAUUUUGUGUAUAACAACUCCUUUUGGAACCUUAUUAUUAAUAUCGGAAUUAUAGGACCAUUGAUCAUUUUACUCUUAUUUUUGCUUCCAGUCAUCUUCAGACGUUUAGGAUCAGCUGUACGAGUUGCCCAGAGAGAGAUUCACACACUGCAUUUACUAAACGAAAAAACGGGAUGAAUCAGCUAGUAACUGCAAUCCAUAUUACUGUAUAUUAUAGAUUGUGUUAACUGUUUACAAAUGAUUUCUAAUGACUGUUGUACAAAAUAUUGACACAAGGUGGGGCUGUUUAAUAUGCCUUAUGGCAAGACCCUCCACUUCUAUCUUCGAACAGGUUGAGAACUAUUCUAAGUGGGCACCUUUUUUCAUAAGAAGGCAAAUAUUUUUAUCCUGUUCUUGUAAAGGUAAAAAAUAGGUAAAAAAAAAAAAGUAAAAUAUCAGUAUUUGAAGUUAAUCACUAUAAUAGACCAUCCAUUUGGUAAUAAUGAAGGCAAGGGAAACCCAGGCUCUAAAGAACCCAUUGGCUGGAUCACCUUAUUUAUAGCUUUCAGGUAUGUUACCAUUCUCCACUUUUUUUUUUAAUGACAAAUAUAGGAGAAUUCCUAUAUUGAAGAAUGACCUAUAGGUCAAUUAUUCAAUAUGUUGAACAUUUAGCUUCUCCUGUGCCAGCUAUUCUAAGGCCUAUAAUUUUUCUGAUGUCAAAGGCCAUUGUUCCACUCAACAGGUUGUCACUUAGCCAUUUUAAAGGCGGGGUGGUUGGUACCUUUGAAAGACCAACAACUGUUUUGUCAUACUUAUGUACAACCUGAAUGGUUGGUUAUUGUUCUUGAUAAUACCUUUUAAUAUUUCUCUAAGAAACAUUCUUCAUUUUAUGGUUUGUUCCUGAGAUUGUAGAAAUGUUAAUCUGUAUUUUCCAUUCCCGCAACAAAUCACAUCCCCAUAAAUUCAUUGCUAUGUUAACCACAUAUGGCUUUAAUUUUCCUAUCUGUCCUUCUGAUCCUAUACACUGGAUCCACCUUGCACUUUGCUUUACAUGAGAUAAAUUUCCAAUCCCUAGAAGCUGAAUAUUUAAUUCUGGAAGAGGCCAAUCUGGAUGCCAAGAUUUGGGGGAAAUUAUUGUUUCAUCUGUGCUCAUGUCUAACAAUCUUCAAUUACAAUGCCAUUUAUUUGUAUCUUCAGCUUUGGUGUUUAAUCAUUUAUACAAGUCUGCCAAAAUACUUGUGUUAUGGUCUCUCCUGAAUUUUUUUGUUUUAUUUACUGGAGCUGUUCUGUCCUUGAUCACUUCCAAAGCAGUAUGGUUUUUAACAACAGGCAUUAAGUCUUUUAAUUGUUCUAUGAAUGAAUAUCUCCAAUGCUGAUGAAAUUAUUGAACAAAAUUUGAUAUUGAGGCCUGGGGAAAGCCCCCUAAGGCAUUUCUCGAAGGCAAAGGUUUACCUUGCAUGUCCCUUGUUGACCUGUACUCAUUAGUCCACUUCUGGACUUUGCCAUACCUUCGGCAUACUCCAGAAAUCUGGGGCCUUCUAUUUAGAUUAUCCCUCGAAAAAACAUUGUUUCUAGGAAUGCUUUGCCUACAGUUUCUUUUCAGAUGAUCUUGUUUAUCACAAUUAGAACAUCUGACAUUUUUAUUUUUCUUAAAAUUUUCAAAAAUCACUUCUCCUAUCAAAGUAGCAUCAUAGGUAUAAGAUCCAAUAUCAGCUGUAUUUCUAGUCCAGGCAUGAAUUGGUGCUGAUCUUGCCUUUAAAGGCCUAAUCCUCCAUUUGCUAGGUUAGUAUUUUCAAAAGCUAAAGAUUCAAUUAAUAUUUGUCUGACUUCUGGAUCUAAUACUAUUCUAUUUACAGCUGAAGUCAAUCUUUGCAAAAAAAAAAUCAGUGAAGGUUCCUUUUGGGCCUUGUAUAAUUUUAGUAAAUGACUCAGACCUCUUUCCUGAUUCUUCAACCUUGUCAUAAGCAUUCAAAGCUGCUAGAUGACAUAGGGCCAAGGUGUGAUCAUCAAAUCCAAACUGUCUUUGCAAUUCAGCAUAUUGGUCUUCACCAAGACACUGUUCUUGGGAAAUAUCAAUACAUCUAGCCCUAUUUUGUUGUUCUAUAGCCCUAGCUUCCUCUUUCCACCAUGUUUACCAUUGUAACUGAGGACUGGCUUCCAAUAUUGCUGAAAAUACGGUUUAGCAGUUUGGGGGAUAAAUCUGUUCUGAGUUGCCCAUGAAUUUAACAUCGUCUUCACAUAGGAUGAAUGCAUAUCAUAUGAAAAGACUACUCCCUUAAAUCUCCCCAAAUCUAACAUUUCUAUAGGAUUCCAUUUAACUUCUGCAUAACCUUGA